CCCAAAACUGAAGGAAGAUGAAGAACCAGCAAAACAACGACGAAUCUGGGGAGAUCGCUCAUCCUCUUCUCCAUGACUUCAAAGCCCUGGAAGGCCAAACUUCUUCAUCAUCAUGCUCCAUAGAAAAGGCUUCAUUUUCCGGCGCCGUCUUCAACAUCUCAACCACCAUGAUCGGAGCCGGAAUCAUGUCGAUCCCAGCCACGAUAAAAGUGCUGGGAAUAAUUCCUGGGCUCAUAGCCAUUGUAGUAGUGGCUGUCUUGACGGAGGUCACGGUGGAGUUCCUUUUAAGAUACACAAACUCCGGCAAGUCAGAAACCUACGCCGGCAUGGUGGGGGAGUCGUUUGGACCGUUGGGAUCGAUUGCUGUGCAAGUUUGUAUCAUCAUAACCAACCUGGGUUGCCUCAUCAUUUUCUUCAUCAUCAUCGGGGAUGUGCUAUGUGGGAGUACUCAAUCGGAAGGAGCUUUGCACUUGGGCAUUUUGCAAGAAUUGUUUGGCAUCCAUUGGUGGAAUUCUCGAGCUUAUGCGCUUCUUCUCAUUGCAAUCUUUGUGAUGCUUCCAUUAGUCUCGUUACGCCGAGUUGAUUCACUAAGGCACAGUUCAGCAGUGUCCGUUUUGUUAGCAGUGGUUUUUGUUGCCAUAAGCUCUGCAAUGGCGAUUUACGCUUUGUGUGAAGGAAAGGCUCACAAAUUGAGACUAUUUCCGGACUUUGCGGUGAUAUCAAUAUUUGAUGUGUUCACCAGUAUCCCAGUUAUUGUGACAAGUUUUGGAGUCCAUGUCAAUGUUCAUCCAAUUAGAGCAGAGCUCGGUGAGCCUUCUGAUAUGAAGUUAGCUGCUCGAAUUUCUCUGCUGAUCUGCGUCGUCAUUUACAGCUCUAUCGGUUUCUUUGGCUACCUAUUGUUCGGGGACUCAAUAAUGGCUGACAUGCUAGUAAACUUUGAUCAAAACUCUGGCUCCACAUUCGGGCAGUUGCUCAAUAUCAUUGUUAGAUCAAGCUACGCAAUGCACCUCUUGCUCGUGUUCCCUGUCAUGAACUUCUCUUUGAGGGCCAAUAUAGAUGAGCUGCUCUUCCCACACAAACCUAUUUUGGCCGAAAGCAACUCAAGAUUUCUAAUCCUCACUUGUAUUUUGCUCUCAUUUUCUUACUUUGUGGCAAUAGCUAUCCCAAACAUAUGGUACUUGUUUCAGUUUAUGGGAUCAACCACUGUGGUUUGCCUCUCAUUUAUAUUCCCUGGUGCUCUCAUUCUCAGGGAUGGACAGGGGAUAUCAACAACAAAGGACAAGAUAAUAGCAAUAUUGGUGAUAGUUUUGGCUGUGGUGACAAGCUCAGUUGCAAUCUCCAGCAAUUUGUAGUUUUGUACACUUCAACUCAAAGAGCUUAAAGCUACAUAUGUACAUACUCUGCAGAUU